ACAUCCUGGAGCUAAAAAAACACCGAGUAGUUAAAGCACAGUAGAGCAGCACAACAAGCAGGGCUCAGAGCAACCAAGCCUUCCCUGGAGCGUUUCCUCCUCCUCCUCCUCCUCCCGGGGAGGCUUCCGCGCCCGGUUGUUCCCGGGAGCUUGGGAUGGCACCGGUGACCCAGGACGGGUGACCAGGAGCAGGUCUCGGAGCCCGCGCUGCCUGGAGGGGCUUCCCUGGCUGCUCCGAGCUGCCAGCCGCCUCCGGAGCGCCGGGAGGUCGCUCUGCGUUUCACCAGGCGGAGAGAAAGCUGCCAGGUUGCAUUCGUACAUCAGACGCAGCAUCCAGCCCCGCGGGCCGUGGCCUGGGGCUGGAGAAGAAGUGAAGCACGUGAGCUCUUCUCGAGGCUCUUGUUCUAAUGUGGAUAGCCACAGAAAAUGAAUACAGCGUGAAGAAGAUUUUCCAGAGCGGAGGGAAGCAGACCUGGGCAGAGAGAGAGCAUCGGCUGCGCAGAGGGCGCCUGUGUCACACGUGCUGCUGCAUUCGGGGCAAAGCAGCUUCACCGCCUCCAGCUUCUCCAGGGCUUGGGGGAGCUCCUGCCGACAGCUAUUGAAGGUCCAUUGCCAAAAAAAGGAAGAAUGAUGGGUCUUCAGCUGCUUUCCUAACGGCUUAACAGCUGCUUAAAAAAGCCAAAAAGGCCCAAAUGAACGUGUCCGUGGCGGGGGGAUCCCACCGAGGAGCCUGCGUGCUGCAGACCCUGCGGUCUCCGCUCCGGGAGGCAGCGUAGCCGGGCGCCGCGCCGCUCCGAAAGGAAGAUGAAGAAGCUCUAUGUGGUGGUCGGAGUGGUCCUGCUGGGGCUCGUCUUAUUCCUGGGACUCUUCUUUGGACUGCGCCGUGGCUUCUCGGACACAAACAUCUACGAGAGGGCAGCUGUGGCUGCAGAUGCGGGGCAGUGCUCAAUAAUUGGAAGGGACAUCCUUCAGCAAGGCGGAUCAGCAGUGGAUGCAGCGAUUGCAGCUCUGCUGUGUGUAGGACUCAUGAAUGCUCACAGCAUGGGCAUUGGAGGGGGCCUCUUCUUUACCAUCUACAGCAGCACAGGGGAAGUGGAAAUCAUUAAUGCAAGAGAGGUGGCUCCAAAACAAGCAUCGUCAAACAUGUUUGGGAAUAACACAGAGCUCUCUCGGAAAGGAGGACUGUCCAUCGCAGUUCCAGGAGAAAUUCGUGGCUAUGAAUUGGCUCACAAACGUCAUGGCAAAUUAGCAUGGAAAGACCUGUUUCUGCCCAGCAUCAAGUUGGCAAGAGAAGGGUUCCCAAUCGGGAAAGGCCUUGGAGGAGCCCUCAGAUCAAAACAGACGUCAAUUGAAAGCAAUCCCUCACUGUGCGAAGUGUUCUGCAGAGAAGGAAAAAUUCUGCAGGAGGGCGAUAUCAUCAAGAUGCCUAAACUAGCUGAUACAUAUGAGACUAUAGCCAACGAGGGAGCAGAUGCCUUUUACACAGGAAGCGUGGCAGAACAGAUCAUCGCCGACAUCCAAAGCGUAGGCGGCAUUGUCACAAUGGAGGACCUGCGGGAUUAUAACGCAACAGUGAUUGAAAGACCUAUAGAAAUCGCCCUCGGGGAGUUUACCCUCUACACGCCUAGUGCCCCCCUGAGUGGCCCAGUGCUAGCACUCAUUUUCAACAUACUGAAAGGAUAUAAUUUCUCUGUUGACAGCAUCAAAACCCUGGAGGAGAAAGGUCUGACUUACCACCGCAUUGUGGAGGCCUUUCGCUUUGCCUUUGCCAAGAGGACUUUACUAGGAGAUCCAAAUUUCACUGACAUCGAAGAGGCGAUCCAAAACAUGACGUCCGAGUUCUAUGCAGAUAGUCUCCGGAGGAAAAUCACAAACAUCUCCCAUCCAAUUGACUACUACGAGCCAGUGUAUUACACUGGAGCCGACGCUGGUACAUCCCACCUCUCCGUUGUGGCCGAGGACGGCAGCGCUGUGUCCGCCACCAGCACCGUCAACCAAUACUUUGGCUCCGAUGUACGAUCCAACGUGAGUGGAAUCAUAUUUAAUGAUGAGAUGGAUGACUUCAGCUCACCUGACAUAAUCAACGGAUUUGGGAUCCCUCCUUCUCCAGCAAACUUCAUAGCACCAGGUAAACAGCCGAUGUCCUCCAUGUGCCCCUCCAUCUUGGUGGAUAAAACAAAAAAGGUCAAGAUGGUGGUUGGUGCUUCUGGAGGAACAAAAAUAACCACAGCCACAGCACUGGCAAUCAUGAAUUCCCUCUGGUUUGGUUAUGAUGUCAAGCAAGCAGUGGAAGAGCCCAGAAUUCAUGAUCAGCUGUUUCCCAGUAUCGUUGAGCUGGAGCAGAAAAUAGAGGAGGGUAUAGAAGAAGAACUAAAGAAGAGAGGCCAUAAUACCACAGAGGCGAGCAGCAAUGCAGUUGUGCAGGUCAUUCUCAAAACAGAUGAUGGAUGGGCUGCAGCCUGCGAUUCCCGGAAAGGUGGCUUCCCCGCAGGCUACUGACCUGGCUCAGCUCCUUUUUUCAGUGAUCUAGUGACACUGAGAUGUGUUUGGGGGAAGACCCUUAAGGUCUGCAACUCAGGGACUUCUCACAGGAAUGGGAACAAAUUUACCUGUGACUCUAUUGACAGAGCUGGGACUGAUGUUCUUAACAGCCAUUACCGAAGUGCCUCGUGGCAGAGCAGUGCGCUGAGAAAGGUGUGUCUACAAGGACACGCAAUACCUACUUGAAGAGUCUGUUCUGCCUUUGUUUCCUGCCUCAUCUCCAUCCCAUGUAAUCAAACUCGGUACCCAGUGUUUCUGAAGAUGGUCCAGCUCACCAAGCUGCAGAAAGUGUUUCCCUUGCACAGCUUCAACUACCAGGAAUGUCCUUGUCACUGCUAGAGAAGAAAUUUGAUUCCUGUUGAGUAGAUGAAUUAGCGGGCUCUGGGGGCUCGGUCUUCUAAGUUACCAUCUAAUAAGUCUGUGCCGUAGCAGGAACCCCAACACUGGACUGGGAUAAACCUUCACAAACUCACCACUCUUUCUUUUAACAAAGGAUUUUUCUGCUUUUCACUUCAAAAGUUGAUUAUUGGUGAUGAGUGUGUAGCUGGAAAAGUGGCUUCAAGCUUUUUUUUUUACCUAUCUAUAUUUCUGUUCAGAAGGUCUAAAGGGAAGACAGAUGCUACCUGUAAAACUCUGAGCACAACUUAAAUAAAUAAAUAUGGCGUCGCACCUUU